AUGACGCUCGGUUUGCGACACGUUCCAGCGGCGUACAGCUCCGGCUCGGAAAGUGAGGGGGAAGAGGAGGGGGGGAAUGCGCAGGGCGGGCGCAAGGCGUGGGGGGGACCUGGCGGGAGGGAGGAUGGCGGAGGGGGGAGAUCGAGAGGCAAUGGGCGCGGACUGGCGCUUGCGCGCUCUGUAGUGAUCGACCUGCUGGCGCGGAGCAAGGAGAGCGUGGAGGAGGUGGUGUCGCCGGUGCUGUCGCGAUUGACCGCUGCGACGCUGUGGGAUCAUAUCCUCCGGGAUUUAGAGCACAGAGGAAACAAAAGACGCGCGUACGAGGUCUUCGAGUACUUGCUCCUAGGGAAGGAGCACCACGGAGUGACCCUCUCCCCGCAGCUCUUCUCCACCGUUAUCACCAUGCUGGGCCGCGACGGGAAGCUGGCGCACGCGCGCGCGGCGUUCGACGCGAUGGCGGCGCACGGCGUGGCGCGCGGCGUGCACGAGUUCACGUCGCUGCUGAGCGGGUACGCACGGCACGGGCUGAUCCGCGAGGCGGUGGACGUUCUGGCGCUGAUGAAGGAGGAGGGGUGCGAGCCGAACGUGGUGACGUACAACGCGCUCAUUCACGCGCACGCGAAGCAGGGCUCCGGAGUUGAUAAGGUGACGGCACUCUUUGAUGAGAUGACAGCGCGGGGAGUGGAGCCGGACGCAAUCACGUACAACACGCUCAUCAACGUGUGUGUGCGCUGCCGGGACGUGGAGCGAGCUCUCACCGUUUUCAACACCAUGCGCCAAGCUGGCUUCUCCCCCAACGUCAUCACGUACACCAGUCUCGUUGACGGGCUGGGCAAGGCGGGCAGGGUGAAAGAGGCCGCGGAGUUGUUCGAGGAGAUGAAGCACUGCGGGCAGGACCCCAACAGCCGCACGUACAACUCCCUCAUCCGCGCAUACGGCGAGGCAGGGCUGUAUGACGAGGCCACGAGCCUCUUCCAGGAGAUGGCGCGCGCAGGGUGCAUGCCUGAUGCAUUCACGUACAACACGAUGAUCAACUUCUAUGGCCGGGACGGGCAGGUGGACGCAGCAGAGGGCGUGCUGCAGCAGAUGCGCACGCAGGGGUGCAUCCCUGACAGGGUGACAUACAACACGCUUAUGGACGCAUACGCCAAGGCAGGCCACCCGGAGAAGGCACAGCACGUGCUGGCAGUGAUGCGCAGUGCGGGCGUGGCCCCGGACCUCUACACAUUCAACAUCCUGCUGGAAGCUGCUUCUAAGACCCGCACCAUUGAAGACGCAGAUAGGAUCUACGAGGAGAUCAGUCGCAGUGGGCUGAGGCCCAACCUGGUGACGUUCACAGCGAUGAUCAACGCGUAUGGUCGCAUGGGGCGCCACGAGGAGGCGCAGGAGGUGUGGCGGGAGAUGCGAGCGGCGGGCUGUGUGCCGGGCGGGCAGGCGUACACAGGGCUCAUCAAUGCUUAUGCCCGCCAUGGGAUGUAUGAGGAGGCGCAGCGUGUGUUUGAUGAAGCGUGCCGGGUGGGCAUAGACCCGGACCGAGUGUUUGACGAGGCGUGCCGGGUGGGAAUAGACCCGGACGUGCGCACGUACACGCAGCUCAUGGACGCAUACGGCCGCGCCGGCCAGUACCGCCGCGCCGAGUCGCUGCUCUCCCUCAUGCAGCGCGCCGGCUUCGUUCCCGAUGCGCUCGCUUACGCCGUGCUCGUCCGCGCGUUCGCCGUGGCUGAUCGAUUCGAGCUGGCCCUGGGUUACUUUGAGCAUGUGUUGAGGGAUGCGAACCCGGAGAGUCCCCUGUGCCAGCAGCUUAUAUCGGACUUUGGGUCGCUUUAUACCGCGUAUACAGGCAAGAAACUGGAUGUGGUGCAGAAAAGUGGUUCAGCUGGCGGCAGCGGUGGUGUAAACGGGGGUGGGUUGUCAGUGCAGAGUAUAGGCAGCAGUGGCGGUGGGAUAGGAGCGGGUGUUGGGAGUGUGGCAAGGCCGGUGCUCCCUGAAGGGGGUGGGUUGGGAAGAGGAUGA